ACAGGGGUGUCUCCAGCCACUGCACGCGAAGAGUGUGGUGCGAAGGGGGCUCUGAUCCUGGAUGGUGAGAGGUGUGUCGCCCAGCUAGAAGUUGGAGGGAAGACAGUGCAGCCCCAAGUCUCGCAGACCUUGGGGGACACACACUGAGGAUGCUAGUCGCCGCCCUCCUCGUCCUCCUCUUCUGCCUCAGGGGGCGCGCAGGUCUGUCUCCCCACUUCCUGAAGCAGCCGGAGGACCUCGUAGUGCUGCUCGGGGAAGAAGCCUGGCUGCCCUGUGCGCUGGGCGCCUACAGGGGACUGGUGCAGUGGACCAAGGAUGGGCUGGCGCUAGGCGGCGAAAGAGACUUGCCAGGGUGGUCCCGGUACUGGAUAUCAGGGAGUGCAGCCAGUGGUCAGCAUGACCUCCACAUUAGGCCGGUGGAGCUAGAGGAUGAGGCAUCAUAUGAGUGUCAGGCUACACAAGCAGGCCUCAGAUCUCGACCAGCCCAAUUGCACGUGCUGGUGCCCCCAGAACCUCCCCUGGUACUGGGUGGGCCCUCUGUGUCUCUGGUUGUCGGAGUUCCUUCAAACCUGACCUGCCGGAGCCGUGGAAAUGCCCGUCCUAACCAGGAGCUGCUGUGGUUCCGAGAUGGAGUCCGACUGGACGGAACUACCUUCCACAAGACCCUGCUGAAGGAAGGGCCCACUGGGUCAUUGGAGAGCACAUUAUUCCUCACUCCUUCCAGCCAUGAUGAUGGAGCUACUUUGGUCUGCAGAGCCCGGAGCCAGGCCCUGCCCACAGGGAGGGACACAGCUGUCACAUUGAACCUACAAUAUCCCCCAGUGGUGACUCUGUCUGCUGAGCCACAGACUGUUCAGGAGGGAGAAAAGGUCACCUUCCUGUGUCAGGCCACAGCGCAGCCUCCUGUCACUGGCUACAGGUGGGCAAAGGGGGGCUCCCCCGUGCUUGGGGCCCGCGGACCAAGGUUGGAGACUGUGGCAGAUGCCUCCUUUCUGACUGAACCUGUGUCCUGCGAGGUCAGCAACGCUGUGGGUAGCGCCAACCGCAGCACUGCGCUGGAUGUGCUGUUUGGGCCAAUUCUGCAGGCAAAGCCAGAGGCCAAGUCAGUGGACGUGGGGGAAGAUGCCUCCUUCAGCUGUGCUUGGCGUGGGAACCCCCUCCCACGGAUAACCUGGACCCGCCGAGGUGGCACACAGGUGCUGAGCUCUGGUCCCACCCUGCGACUUCCAUCCGUGGGGCCUGAAGAUGCAGGUGACUACGUGUGCAGAGCUGAGCCAGGGCGCUCGGGCCACGGUGGAGGAGCAGCAGAGGCCAGGCUGACUGUAAAUGCUCCCCCAGUAGUAACUGCUAUGCAUUCUGCGCCCGCUUUCUUGAGGGGCCCUGCCCGCCUCCAGUGCUUGGUGUUUGCCUCCCCUGCCCCAGAAGCUGUGGUCUGGUCUUGGGAUGAGGGCUUCCUGGAGGCAGGCUCCAGGGGCAGGUUCCUGGUGGAGACUUUCCCAGCCUCAGAGGGUCUUGAGGGUCAGGGUCCAGGCCUGAUCUCUGUGCUACACAUUUCGGGAACCCAGGAGUCUGACUUUAGGAGGGGCUUUAACUGCAGUGCCCGGAACCGGCUGGGUGAAGGAGGCACUCAGGUUCAUCUAGGCCGUAGAGACUUGCUUCCCACUGUGCGGAUUGUGGCUGGCGCAGCAGCCGCAGGCACAACUCUUCUUAUGAUCAUCACUGGAGUGGCUCUCUGCUGCUGGCGCCAUGCCUCUUUCUCCAAGCAAAAGAACCUGGUGCGAAUUCCAGGAAGCAGUGAUGGCUCCAGUUCACGAGGUCCCGGGGAAGAGGAGAUGGGCAGCAACGAGGAUCGAGGUCCCAUUGUACCCAGUGACCACAGUGACCUCAUUCUGGAUGAGAAAGAGGCUCUGGAGACCAAGGACCCAACCAAUGGUUACUACAAGGUCCGAGGGGUCAGUGUGAGCCUGAGCCUUGGUGAAGCUCCUGGAGGAGGCCUCUUCCUGCCACCCCCAUCCCCCCUUGGACUUCCAGGGACCCCUACUUUCUAUGACUUCAAUCCACAUCUGGAUAUGGUGCCACCCUGCAGACUGUAUAGAGCCCGGGCAGGUUAUCUCACCACACCUCAUCCUCGAGCUUUCACCAGCUACAUCAAACCCACAUCCUUUGGACCCCCAGAUCUGACCUCUGGAACACCCCCCUUUCCAUAUGCUGCCUUCCCUACACCCACCCACCAGCGACUCCAGACUCACGUGUGACAGCUGUCUGAUGGAAGAGUCCUGGGAUCAUUAACUUGCCAUAAUGGACUGUUCUGGAUCCUGAGGUGCCAGAGCAAGUUGACAACCUUAUUCCUGCAAAACUGAACAUUGAGUGAUGGAGAGAAAGAACAUUACAAUUGUCAGGAUCAUUGAUACAUAGUCAGCUCAGCCAAAGGGGAUACCUCAAAUGGGAGCAAUAUGGUCACCAUGCCCAGUCUUCUCUCCUGUGUAAAAGAUAUUCAAGGUGAGGAUGGUCCUUUGCAGAGAGAUGAGGUUAGGAAUGGGGUGGAAGUCAUUUCUAGCUCUGAGGGAAGAUAUUCCAAGAUGACCUCCAGCAUGAAUAAGAAAGGUAGUACAGGGCAGCUCAAGAUGAAAGACAACAGGUCCCAUCUUGUGCUGCAUUCUUUGAGGGACACUUCACUUGGCCAAUGAAAGUGCUGACAAGAUGGUCAGUUACUCUCUGAGAACCCACUAUGGCCAUCAUCUUGAUUUCAUCUACUUUUCUUAGGGACUCAGAAAGAAUUGGGCCCAAGGAGUGGCGGACAGGGUGAGAACUAUUGCUGUGGGGGUGAAAGAGA